AAGUGAUUGGAAAAUGAUAAACAUUAUUGUCUCUGUGAAGUCUAACGAUCGAUUUCCGUGGAAGAGCAUUGUUGACAAAAACGAAUGGACCGGUGAAAUACUGAACUAACGCAUGGAACACCUGAAUUAUUGAUCUCAAUCAAAUGUAAUGAUUAAGCAAUGUGGCGAGUACCGCUUGAUGUUGGGAAGAUGGUGGGGAAUUCUAUUAAAACUGGGGCACCACGGGACGUUGUAAUAUGAAUAGGGAAUUUAAUUAAGGACGGAAGCUAGUGGACAGAUUUGACAGCAUGAAGCCUAAUUGUUUUCUACCAAUUUCUGCGGGACCAGCGACAUGUUUGUCGGGAGGCUAGUGGACAAUGAUGCUGCUGGGGUGGUGGUCAUUAUGUGUUUGUCUUUACUGGCUUGGUGGUGCUGGGACUUCUAAGGUAGAGGUCCUUCUUAUCUGCGAUCAAACUUUCCAAGAAAUUUGCCAAAAGAAGCAACAUGACGUAAAAGGUGACGUAGACGUGACGUUGGUAUCUGCCAAUGACAGCAACUCUUACAUCAGCCAUGUGGAAAACAUACACAGUUUGUUAUGGAAUGACAAGCAUUUUGACGUCCUUGUGAUAUUCGGGGACAGCAGCUUGAUAAGUGCCGCUGGCACAGUGGUUCAAGGAACCCGAAUACCAGUGAUUGCUUAUAACAAAGGCUCUGUACCAACGAUUUACCAAAAUGACGUAAUUUCCGUCAACUCCAACAUGUUCCAUCUUGGACAAGCCAUGAUGCAUCUUAUAAACAAUCUUAAGGUGGACACACAUGCCCACGUGUUCACGGACAUUAGUUUACUUUAUGAUGGUUUCCUGCAGGGGUUUUGGGAUGAAAGUCUUAAUUUUUCUCACUCCACGAUCUUGGAGGAAGACAAGGAGAAUGAAAUCUCUCUGUUCUUCUAUUUGAGGGAUUUACGGGAAAGUGGUGUAAAACAAUUUGUUGUGCAUACACGUCCAAAAUUGGUGUACCUCUUGAUGCGUGCAAACAAGCGUUUAGACAAAACAGGAAGGGGAUAUCAGUGGUUUUUAUCGGAUACAUCCUUGUUGGAUUUUAUGGAAAGCGAAAUCAUUCCAGAGGGAACACUUGUUGUAAAAUCUGCUCAGAAUGAUCAUGCUGUUGUGGAAUACACCUUAGGGCGGAUCUUUGAGGAGGUAGAAUAUAUCAGGCAGAAUUGUUUCACCAGUGACAUAUUCGAUUGCAUCAGAGAUAUUUCUUUAAACAAGUCCAGUAAGAAUAACCUCUUGUUAUCACAUGGAGUUGGUCACUUCGAGAUAAGCAAUCACUUUUGGAGAGUGAUCAAUGAAACAUACAAGGAGCUCGAGUGGAUGUCGGCCGGCAAAAUCUUUUAUAACAGCACCAAGCACAGCAUUCAGUGGUAUGGAAGCACAAUACUUGGACCACUUUUUCACAGUAAGAACUUCUAUCGCGUCGUCACCACUCCAUCGCCACCGUUUGUUAUGGUUAAAGGUCCCAUUGAUCAAGGGGAUUCUUGUUAUGGAAACAAAAUUUGUUUCAAAAUUCUCAGUGGGAAUCCUAUGUACCUCGGACCACACACUCGUCUGGAAGACUUCAAGAAGAACGUUGAAGUAGAGAUGUACUGUUGCAGUGGCUUUGUCAUGGAUAUACUUGAGUAUUUAUCAACAGAUCUUGACUUUGAUUACCUGGUUUAUUUCAGAGAUGAGGUCGGUCACAAUGCCACAGAUCGACGUGAGUCUAUGAUUUAUGAUGUGGGGAAUGGAACCGCAGAUAUCAUAGCGGGUGCUUUAACUAUAACGUCAAAUGAUAGCAAGACAUUACGUUUUACGGAGCCAUACUAUUUCUCAGGAUUUGCAAUGGCAGUGCCACUUGAAACGACAAAGCCAUCUAUGGACGCUUUUACAGCCCCAUUUGAUGGUUAUGUAUGGUUGGCAAUCUUUUUAAGUGCAACAACAGCAGCUUUAGCUACCUCACUGUUUGAAUGGAACAGUCCAUUCGGACUGAAUCCUUGGGGACGGAAACGUUUGAAGAAUUACACCCUUGGUUCGGCUUUGGUCAUGGUCUAUUCUGUUUUAUUUGGCCAUACCGUUAGCACAAAGUCGCCUAAAUCUUGGCCGGCAAAAGUUCUGCAGAACUUUUGGGCAGGACUCGCCAUUUUCAUUGUGGCUAGCUACACUGCAAACCUAGCGGCUUAUUUGGCAGGAAUCAGCAGGGUAGACGAAAUAAUCAGCAUCUUUGAUCAAAGUAUGAGUUCUAAGCGUGUAUAUGUAACGAGGUCAAGUCCCGCUGCUAACUAUCUCCGGGUAAUCAAAGAAAAACUAAAGAGGAAUAUUGUUAUAAAUGAGAUUUCUCCAGAAGAGACGCCUCAUAGCAUUGUCAAGCACUUAAGAGAUAAAACUUAUGACGUUUUCAUCAAUGAUCGUCUGCUUCUGGAGUAUACACUUGCACAGCACGACAACUGUUCAAUCAAAUUUAGUGGUCAUGACUUUGGAGAAAAUCUCUACGCAUUCGGAUUGAAUAGAGAUGCAAUUCAUCUGACGGAGAACAUGUCUUCGUUAAUUCUGAGUUACCUAGAAGGCGGACAAGUAACAGAAGCUAUGCAAAGAUAUAUCAAAAACCGGAACUGUGCAGCUCAAGGUGAGCGCUUUACCCGGAAGUAUGGUUUGGAUCACACGGGAGGCUUGUUCAUCAUUCUCUUGUCGGCCAUGUUUGUGGGUGCACUCCUGCUUAUCGUAGAGCUUUAUAUAUUCAAGUAUCUUGUACCAUAUCUGCGUAAAAAGCCCAAUGACAGCUUGUGGAAAAACAGAAAUAUUGAAUAUGUUAAUCAGAGACUGUAUCGCACGUUGAUGAGUGAGCGGUUAGUGUCUCCACAACAGACAGCACAGGAGAUGAUCAAAAUGGUUAGGGAAAGACGAUUCGACAGACUCUUCCUCAAAAACGAACUCCGAGAUCAUGGGAAGAUACACAAGAAGGGGGUUCCAAAGGGUCUUAGACUGAUAGAUAUUACAGACAACUUGAUAAGAUCGAAGAAAGCGGAAUCAGAAAUAUUUGCCACCACUUCCUCCAGUAAUUUGUAUUCUAUCAAUGAACAGGAAUAUGAUGACGAUUCACUCAGUGACAUCAGUGAUUACGCAACGGGUGACGAACAGGAUAUGCAAAUUUCUUUUGAAGAUAUAAAAGACACAGUACUAGACAGCUCGGAUGUGCCGAUUAACAAUCAAAGACAUGCUCAGUCGUCUUGUCCUGAGACAAUUCGAACGAAUUCGCUGAAGGUCACCCCAGGUCAGUAUGUACGCUGUAAGCAGUCUCGUGUUCGGUACAGUUCUGACUCCAAUUUAGGAGGAUCACACUCGAAUUCAUCAUAUAGACGGAAUAAAUCAUGUCCUAAUUUUCAAAAACGUCCAACUAAAGAAGAAAAGAAACAGAAGAUGUAUGAAAUAGACGAGAUUGAAAUGUUAGAAAUAGCAGCCCGACCUGAUAAAACAAAACUUAUUCGCAAAUCAAAGAGGGCCAAUAUCGGCCGGGCAUUCACAUUUUACGGAAAAUCUCUGAAAGACAAUAGGCUGAAAUCGUCCAUCCGGAGUCAUGCCAUGGCAACUCGUCGGCAUUCAGAGUCCGCGUUUGACGAUUGUGCAGUGGAUGCCCUCUCUAAAGAAGACCUGUUGGUUUUAUGGAAGAAAUCAGAGAUUGAGUUACAGACCAGUCUAAACAGAGUUACACAGGAAAAUGCCCACUUAAAGCGUCUUCUCCGGGUAGUGGAGGUGUCGGAAUCCGUACCCAGGGAAGAGGUGUCGAAAGAGGAACCUGCUCACAUCACUGCAACACCACUGUAAAAUCUCAGUCAUAGUCUGUAGUUACAUGAUUACUUCAUUC